UAAAGUAAUGUUAUAUUUCUCUCCCCAGGCCAGCAAUGCACUAGCCACCAUGGACUCCCCCCUCUCCUCUCAAGACGAGCGCGACAUCGAAGUGAACGUCGUCUCCGGCGCCUCCAGCCCCGACAUCUCUCCUUCUAGAAGUACGCAGAAGAGCCCCUUCUACGAACUUAAGAAGGACAAAGAGGAGAAAGCGACGGGAAGCGCGCCUUAUACCAGUUUCUCGAUUAGUUCGAUAUUGAAUAGAACGGAGCCGAGGAGAGAGAGUAAUGUGUUGGAGGCGGCGCUCGCAGCGAAUCAUUUUGGAAAUAAUGAUGCUAUGUUAUCAAGGUUGGGUCUGAUCACACAAUGGAGCGCCUUGGCGGGGCGGUACGGCCAACUGAUGCCCCCGUGGUACUGGCGGCCUCACGACAGAUCCCCACCACGAGAAGACAUCACGCACGAAGAAGGCUCAGCCGGCGGCUCCCCCCGCCAGCGCUCCCCGCCCCGCGCACCCACCCCUCCAUCACCCUCCCGCUCCUCCCCCCGCUCCCCUCGCCUGCACCCCGCACUCUACCCUCAACAACAAGACCCUCAAGACUCGGACCCCGACGUCGACGAAAGCGACGACUUCGACAAAGACGAAAAACGAGACCCUAAUACCAACUUAGGAAAACGGAAGAAGAAGACCAGGACAGUCUUCUCACGAUCCCAAGUAUUCCAGUUGGAAUCAACAUUUGAUAUGAAGCGGUAUUUAAGCAGUUCUGAACGCGCCGGCUUAGCCGCGAGUCUGCACUUGACAGAAACGCAGGUGAAAAUCUGGUUUCAGAACCGACGUAAUAAGUGGAAGAGGCAGUUAGCUGCCGAGUUAGAGGCAGCUAAUAUGGCGCAUGCGGCGCAGCGUUUGGUGCGCGUUCCGAUAUUGUACCACGAGUCGAGACCGUCAGGGAUGCCGCAUACGCCGCUGCCGAUGCACCCGCAGUUUUCGAACGAGCCGGGAGUGUACUUCCCUCAGCAGCCGCCACAGCCUCUGCAGCCGUUGCCAGCCUCGCCAGUGACGUCACGUGCGCCGCUGAGCAGCCUAGUGUAG